CAGCAAGACGGUUCCAUCUUCAUUCAUCUCCCAUCCAUUGAUCCUUGUUGAGAGUGAUACACAUCCAGCAACAAAGAUCCCAUAUCCAUCAAUCUAUCCCUUUUCUAUUUGUUUUUAUUCAUAUUGUCAUUUUGAUUCAUAUUCAUAUUUGUUUCUGUUUGCAUUAUAAAACUCUAAGAAAACUCAUAAAAAUCGGUUCUCUUGUUUUCAGGUUUAAACCUUGGUUCCACCAUUCUAUCUAUUCGUGGGUUACCUCCCCUGUGCCUACAACAUUUUGGUAUCAGAGCUGAAGUUCCUGAAUCAGGUUAUAUCUAUCCUUGCAUCAUAUUUCAUUUGCUUGCAUUUGUUUUGUCUUUAUCGAAAAUCAAAAAAAAUUCCAUAAACAGUCUUUUGCUUCAAGUUUUUGUUUCUGCAUAUUUUGUUCUUGCUGUUCUUAUAAACAACGAAAAGAAAAAGAAAGUUGUGCUUGAUUCAUAUUACUUUCACUUAGUUUCGAAUUCCUGUUAGUUUCCUUUUUGUUUUGUUUCCAUAAUCGAAAAUCCCAUAAAAAUUGUCAUUUUGAAUUUGUUUCCUUUGUUUGCAUAUCCUUCAAAAAAAAAAAUCAUACUAGUUAUUGUUUCAUGCCAUAUUAGUUGGUCCAUUUCGUGUUUGCAUUGAGAAAACCAAAAAAAAAAAUAAUAAUUUUAGCAUACUUUAUUUCAUUUCGGUUCAUAAUUGCAUAUUUUAUCGGUUUAGUUUAAAUUGCAUUGUGCACUUGAUUUAUUUUGGUUCGACCAGACCUUCCCUUUUCUUCACUUUAUCUUUGAGAGUGUUUUCAGGAAGCCAUGGUAGGAGAAACACACGGCCAAUGUCAGAUGGCCAAACAGAACCAACAUUUGACAGCUUUGCAAGAGGUUGAUCUGAUUGCACAGCUGAGAAAAGAAAGAAGGCACAAGGCCAACGUCCACAGCCAGGAGAAAGGAGAUUUGGAGAUGCUCCAGAGGCUGUCUAUGUCGAGCCCAAGCCACCAGAUCCUUCAAGGAUCAAUCAAACCCCAACUUCUCAAACCCACAACCAUCAUGUUGUUAAUUCUCAAUUUAAUUAUAACUCUUUUGCUGAUAAAAUUAAACUCUUUACAUUUUCAGGAAAAAGAGGUUAUCUAAUAUGGGAGAGGAACCUUGAUGAAUGGUUUCACUACAACAACAUCUUGAAGGAAGAGAGGCUUGCUUAUGCCAUUGAACAACUUAGAGAUGAUGCCUUUGAAUGGUGGGUACAAGAAGAAGGUGAUAGAUGGUUUUACAAGGAGCCAACUAUCAAAACAUGGAGAGCUCUUAAGGAAGUCAUGAGAUAUGAGUUUGCACCCAAGAUUACAAGUUCUGAAAUCCAGGAACUAUAUCCAAGGAGGUAUCCAACUCAUGGUUCCAAAGAAGCAAGAAAAGAUGUACCAAAAGAAGGUCAUAGAAGCUUGAUCCAUCAAGACCAGAUUCGGCCAAACCAGAAGUCCACGGUUUGCUAUGAUCAAAACCAACCUAUUGAGGUCCCAAAGACCAUGGAGGAGAAGAAGUUUGUCAGCCAAGACACAUUGGCCAGACACAAAGAAAAACCAGACAAACUGAUUUUUCAAGAAAAGGCCAAGGUAAGUCCUAUACUUGAUAAAUUUGUUUGUAAAUCAUCUCCCACUGUUAUGAGUCACUUGUCUUUGUCCAAGGAUGAUAAGAUAGGUCCUGAAGUCAAGAAAGACACGAUCUCAAAGUCCUUGUUGGAUUUAAAAGUUGUUCAUGAUUUAAGUCCAAGGAAUGAUGAGAUUUCAAACCCAGAGAAAGAAGAGGCAUCAAGCCAAGGGUGAUGUAACAGGAAAUAAGGAGCAUGAAUUCAAAGGAGAGGAGCCACCAGGCGCCACACCUGUGAUGGACCAGAAGAUGGUUCAAGACACAAUGCAGUCCAUGUUGCUUAAAGAAGCAAAACCGGUCAUAAAAGUAUCCCAACAAGGUAAGUUUCACACACCACCUUUGGAUACUAGUAUUGACGUGUGUGUUCUUGGUACAGGUAGAACAAAUGAAAGCUAUAAGCUUAUUGUAGUUCCAAAGAAAGAACCAGACCCUAAGCUCAGCCAUGAACCCACUUCUAAGUGGAAACCGAAAUCUGAACAAUCCAUUGUUCAAUUU